AUAUAAAUCGUUUUUUUAGAAGGAAUGAACUUAAAAUAUUUGUUUCUCUUUUAAUUGAUCCUUUUGAGUUUGGCACACAAUCAAGGAAAAUCAGUAAAGUUAUCAAAAAAGCAAGCACAUCAUAAACAUCACAAAUCAUAAAAAUUUUUGGAUAGUAUAAUGGUAUUUUAUAAUGAUAAUCAAAAAAGGAUGUAAAUGAAGAUUCAAUAGAAUUAUUACUAUAAAAACAUGAAGUAAAUUCAUACAAAAUCAAAAGAACUUCUAUUUGGCUGAAAUGACAGUUGGGACACCUGAAUAAAAAUUAACUGUUUUAAUAGACACAGGAAGCCCAAAUCUUCUACUUACUUCAUCACUUUGUUAAUAAAACAGUUGUAUAUAACAUGGUUCAUACAAUCCUUCCUUAUCAACAACUUCCUACUAUAUAGAAGCAAUAAAAUUGGCUAAUGUAUAUUGUAUAUUUGUAUUUAGGGAGAAGUAGGGAAUGAGAUUGAUAUAUAAUUUGCAUCUGGAAGUGUGGUAGGAGUAUUUUUUGAAGACAGAGUUUGUCUAAAUUAAUACUGUGUUAAUAAUUAAUUUAUUGUUGGGAUAGUUGAACAAACUGAGGAUGUAAUCAAUAAAUUAAAUUUUAGAUUUUUAGUCAAAUGAAAUUUGAUGGAAUAUUAGGAUUAGGACGUAUAAAGGAAGCAGUUGUAAAAAAUGCAUCCUAUAUUCACAAUUUAGAAUAUGAUGUAAGAUAUAUAAUGAUUCUCUAUUAAGACUGAUACUAGAAAUUUUUCACUUUAUUUAAGUAAUAGUGAGGAUGAUGAUAUGUCAAGUGAACUUGUUUUGGGAGGUAUUUCAUAACAUUUAAUUGCACCUGGAGAGGAGUUUAAAUUCUUUGAUGUAACUUCAGAUAAUUUAUGGACUAUAAAUAUUAAAGCAGUAUUUUUGGGAGAUGAAAGAAUAGAUGAUUGUAAUAAUUGUUAAGGUCUAAUUGAUUCUGGUACAUCCUUUAUCAGUUUUCCAGUUUAUGCAAUGGAGAAAUUCUACUAAAAAUUUGGAGUGUAAUUAUAUAUUAUAUUAAUGUUUAGUUAUUAAUUAUGUAGUAAUAUUGAUUCAUUCCCAGAUUUAACAUUUAUUUUAGAUAGAGGUAUUAAAUUUACACUUACUGGAUCAUAAUAUUUUAAAAGAAAUACUCAUGCUUUAUUCUCUAAAGAUAUUUGCAUUCCUUAUAUUAAAAAUAACCCUAUAAUUGGAGAUGAACUUAUUGUUCUUGGAUAACCAUUUCUUAUUCAUCAUUAUGUUUGGUUUGAUGAAGAUUAAUCUAAAAUUGGAAUUGUUAAAUCUAAAUAGCCAUCUCAUCAAUCCUGA